GAGCCGCGAUGUUCCGGAUCAAAGGCCUCGCUCCAAAGCUGGACCCGGAGGAGAUGAAAAGCAAGAUGCGUGAGGAUGUGCUCUCCUCCAUACGGAAUUUCCUCAUCUACGUGGCCCUGCUGCAAGUCACUUCUCCAUUUAUCUUGAAGAAAUUGGACAGCAUAUGAGGAUGGGCAGUUGCAUGAAAAUACAUGACAUGAGGAACGUGGCUACAGUUUCUACCCUGUCCUUAAUGAAUUGGCCCAGAAAGGUAUAAGAACUGCUUGAAUGGACAAAAAAUUCUACUUGCAAGAACAAGUAGGGCUGUGGUGACAGGCCUUCAUAGCUAAAAUAUAAAUAAUUUGGGAAGUACAAAAAGAUGUUGGGUGCCCUUAUUCCUGUGAUACUUGGCCUCUGUGAGUGUUGAUAUAACUGUAAAUCAUGUCUGACUCCACUUUCUGGCCAGUGUGAUUUUAAGGGGAUUGU